AUGAAUGCACACCAUUUUGGGUUAAUUCUGCAGGUCGACGCGACCACCAUUGACGUUUGUGUGACUUCGCCCGAGGACACAGGAGGCCUGCCAGUGACGCACUACGAGCUCCGCAUCCAGAAGUUGCCGGGAACCAAAUUUUAUGGUCCGUUUACGUAUCGGUCGGGCAAUCGACAACUGAAGUUGCCAUACCUCAUUCCGAACACAUUCUAUCAUCUGGCAAUUUCGGCUGUAUCUGAUGCUGGCAGAGGACCCAAUGAAUACAUAUCG